GUAACCGCUUAUCAACAACGGCGGUCGCAUCCGGGUAUUUCCGAAGCUCAAGAUGGCGGAUCUGAACCGGCAACUGCAGGAGUACUUGGCUCAGUCCAAGGGAGGCGUUGCCGGCGGUUCGGCGCCUGCUUCGGAGCCCAAGAACUCCCCGCGGGAGGAAGCGGAGAAGCCCGCCUCGGGCCUGGGGGCCUGGCUGGGCCGGCUCAAUCCCUUCCCCUCCUCCGCGGAGGCAUGGUCGUUCGGGGCCGAGCCGGAGCCGGAGCCCUGGCUGCCGACGGGCCUGUCGCGCUGGCAGCGCCUCCUGGGGAGCGCCCUCUGCUUGCUGCUGGCCGCGCUCUGCUUCGGCCUGGCCGCCUUGUACGGCUCGCUUCUGCUGCUGAGGAAGUUCGCGCUGCUCUGGUCGCUGGGCUCGGCCUUCGCGCUGGGCGCCGCCGCCUUCCUGAGGGGCCCCAGCCGCCUCCUGGGCGAGCCCGACCGCCGCGGCCUGGCCUUGCUCUACCUCGGCUCCGUGGGCGGCACGCUCUACGCGGCCCUGGCCCUCCGCAGCACCUUGCUCACCACCCUGGGCGCCGCCGUCCAACUGGCGGCCGGCGCGGCCUACCUGCUCUCCUCGGUGCCAGGCGGGGCCGCGGGGCUGCGCUACCUGGGAGGCUUCCUGGGUGGGUUUGUGAGGCGCGGCGUGUCAAAAACGCUCCCCGUGUGAAGGCCCAGCCUUGGGAAACAGACUUGUGCCCUUCUUCAGAAGGAUAUGCCCUCGAGUUGGGCCCUGAAAGCUUCUUACAGUGUAUCCUGUUCGUCUGAAGAGACCAAGGAUCAAGGAGGAGCUAAAGAGUACUACUAUGUUUUCUUAUUUCUACACAACACUGUUUCGACCCGACUGUCCUCAAGUUGAUCACAGAAUGUUUCUGACUGGGUAUCCUGUCAGUUUGACAAGGCUAAGGAUAAAGGAGAAGCUAAAGAGUAUUGCUAAAUGCUUUCUUAUUGGUGCACAAGGCCAUCUAGACCAGCCAGUCCUCAAAUUGAUCCCAGAAAGCUUCUGACUGCAUAUCCUGUCCGUCUGAAGUGACCAAGGAUAAAGGAGAAGCUAAAGCGUAUUACUAAAUGCUUUCUUAUUGAUGCACAAAGCUAUCUAGACCCAACUGGCCUUAAGUUAAUCCCAAAAAGUUUCUGACUUGUAUCCUGUCAGUCUGAAGAGACCAAGGUUCAAGGAGAAGCUAGAGUACUACUAUGCUUUCUUAUUUCUGCACAAGACUGUCUAGACCUGACUGUCUUCAAAUUGAUUGCAGAAUGUUUCUGACUGUGUAUGCUCUCAGUCUGAAGAGACCAAGCUAAAGAGUAUUACUAAAUGCUUUGUUAUUGCUGCACAAGACUGUCUAGACCAGUGGUUCUCAGCCUGGAGUCCCCAGAUGUUUUUGGCCUUCAACUCCCAGAAAUUCUAACAGCUGGUAAACUGGAUGGGAUUUCUGGGAGUUGUAGGCCAAAAACAUCUGGGGACCCCAGGUUGAGAACCACUGGUCUAGACCCAACUGUCCUCAAGUAGAUUGCAGAAUGCUUCUGACUGUGUAUCCUAAAGAGACCAAGGAUGAAGGAGCAGCUGAAGUGUAUUACUGUGACUAUGUUUUGUUAUCAAACCAUUCAGAGGAAGACUUGAGAAAGGCAUUUGGUUGCAGCAUAAACAAAAAAGGCAUCUGCACAAGGCCAUCUAGAUCUUAUUGCCCUUAAGUCCGUUCCAGAAACCCUCUUACUGUGUAUCCUGUUGGUUUGAGGAAAUCAAGGAUAAGGAGGCAGCUGAAGAGCAUCGCUAUGACUAUGCUUCCUUGCUGUGUUUUUCAGAGGAAGCUCAGAAAGGCAUUUAGACUCAGCAUAAACAGAAUAUUUACAAGUUGGAACUGUACACAACAGCAGCUAUAACUAGACGGGGCAAUUAAUUUCUGUAGUUGGACCCAAGUUCUAGGCAGUGGUAUACUGGGCCCAAAUGCCCUUGGUGCUAUUUCUCUCCCAGUGGCACUUCCAACUCUAGGAAGCUGCAGUAAACAAUGAGGAUGUUGUUUGUUUCUGUUUCCUUCUUAGGCAGCUGCACUGAACCGGAUGGGUGUCCUUAGGAUUUUUUCCCUACCUCUUGCUGCCGCCUAUUUUUCACUUAAAACAUCUGGGUAGAGCAUAAAACUGUAAUCUUCUAAUAUUUCCCAAAUGUAUCUUUUGAAGUAAUGCUGUUUAUCAAGUGGUUUGUGGAAAUAAUUAAAAAUCACAGUGUUCCAGCUAGCUAGUAAUUUUUCCAGUAUCAGACAGCAACAGUUGUAAUGGAGGCUGCUUAGUCCACUAUAGGAGUAUUGGCAGCAAUGGGAUCUAUUUUGAAUCUGCUAGCAGUUGCUCUGGGAAAUUUCUAGCAGUUGCCCUUCUAAACAUUUUUAAAGGGGGCAGAUGCUUGGUUAAUGUAUUUCCAGCAGUUUCUGAGCCAGUGCAGGGUCAUGCCUCCUUUCCAACAAUUGUGAUGUAUUUCUAUUCAGCCCUAGCAUUCCUGACUACUUGUACUGCCUUACUGAACAGCAUUGAAACAAAAGUAUUUUCUUUAUCCCAGAACAGACUAAUCAGAUGUCUGACCUUUCACCCAAGAUUUCCUUUUUAGGCAGUGACUGUUAUGUAUAACAAUAUUUAAAAGUUUUCUCAGACUACAAAAGUUAAUGCAGUCUCAAUUCAAAGAUACGCACAUUAUAGAUAUACAGAAUUCUUCCAUAAUGGUUUAAACUCUCAUUUUGACAUUUUGAAAUUUACCAGCCAUAUGAAGAAGCUAUGCCUGAACAUAUUAAAAUCGUUUGGUUUAUGGGAUUAUUCCUAUAAAUUGUGGCCAUGAAUUUUGUCAUAACGUACUGUACAUAUUACAAUCCCUAUCACCCCUCACCAACAUAGCUAGUAAUGAGGAAUUUUGAGUUGUAAUCCAAAACAACCAGAAGGCCACAGUUGUUCAGCUUUCAUCUGAUUGUUGCUCUGAAUGGCAUUAGACUGAAGACUGUGCUGAGGUUUAAUAACAUUAAUGCACAAUGUGUUUAAUAUAUCAAGAUUAUCAAAAAUCAGGUUGUUAUUUUGUCAGUUCAGUGAUAGUAUGUGAAUUUCAUUCUACAAAGCCACUUAUAUGUAGGAGAGCUAUAAAUAUACUAGCAUUUUAUAUUGCAGAUAGCUUUGAACCUAGCCUUUAAAGUAGCCUCAUGUGUCUUCAUUAUUUUUCAUGAUGUCAUUUGAAAUCAGCACUCACCAAUCUACAAAUUAGCUGUUGUUGGAAGGAGUACAAUUUCCAGAGUUCAUUUUAACAAUUUAAAUACUAUAUACUUUUGAAUUUCUAUUUGCUUGUAAUUAUUCUUAUGUGCAAGUUGCUUCAAGUUCAAAAAUAUAUUAUUGAAUGGACAUGCUGCAGUAUGUUAAACUGAACAUGCUGCAAUAUGAAUAUUAGAAUUAUUCCAUGUUUAGCUGUCACAUCAGUGCAGGAUCUAAAGCAGGCAUUGGCAAACUUUGGGUCUCUGGGUGUUUUGGACUUAAACUCCCUGAAAUCCCAGCCAUCUUACUGGCUGUUAGGAAUUAUGGGAUUUGAAGUCCAAAUUUGCCAGUUUCUGAGCUAAAGUGAAUAUUUUGGAAGGCAGCUAGUAUUUAAAUAGAUUAUUUGGUCAUUGGUGUAGAUAACAAGGCAGAAAUGGGCAUCCCAAUCCUUCACACAUUUAUUCAAACUAAAUUAUGAUGAUUCAAUUAUUUAUAAUUAAUGCACAGGAGUGUGAGCAACUUGUGGCUUUCCAAAUAUUAGAUUGCCAUUCUUGAUAUUAUUUGCAGUUGUUUGUGCUAGAAGGGCUGCAUGUUGUCCGCUCCUGCUUUAGGGUGUAUGUUAGGUUAUGUCAGGAUAUGUUAAGCUUGGACUAAAAUGUUAAGCUUUGCACUAAAAAGAACACUGCCAAAUAGACUGUUACCUGCUGCAAUCUAAUAUGUAAGAGGAUGCUCUUAUUUUUUCUAUGACUUACAUAGUGUUUGAGAUAAACGAAGAGAUUUUAAAAGCAUACUUUGACUUAAAAGAGAUCUUAAAACCUUGCAAUAUUGGGGCCUUUUUAAUGGAAUAUACCUAAUUUUAAAAAAGUGAACUGAUUUAAAUUCUGAUUUAAUUAUUUCAGAAGAAGAUAAGAAAUCUUGCCUGACAGAAGGGGGUUGAACUAGGUGGCCUUGGUGCUCUCUAGGAUUCUUUGAUAUAUCAUAUAUAUAGCAUAUCUAAUGGCUUUAAUGAAAUAUAAUGGAAUUUAUUUUAAACACUUUAAAGUUGUAAGUUUGAGUGGCAAUCCAUACACAAUACGUAAUUUCUUCUUUAUUGCAAACAACAUUGGGAGGCAGCUGUAAAAGUUGUUUUGCCUACCCCUCUCUUUUCCUGAAGUUAAGGGAAGCAUAACCAUGCUUAAUACUGACUAGAAUUUCCCAUAUUUAGGAUUGAAAUACUUUAUGAUAUGUAUUCAGCUCCUUUGCUGCAGGCUGGUAGAGAUAUUUACCAUGGAAUUGUGGUUGUAGUGAUAGGACUUUGCUCUUGGAAAGAACAAUCAGGCAGGCAUUAUUUGAACAAGCUUUCGAAAUCUUUACUUUCAGGAUCAAUAUUACCUCCACACUGACAUAGGAAAAAGGGUUUUAGGGAUUUCUUUCUUGUAAAAUCUUCCUUCGAGACUUCAUACAGAAAAAGUCAAGUUUUUUUUUCAUCUUGGGGUGAGGGUGUAUAUCUGAAAAGUUACCAAAACGUGAAGCAAAAAAUAAAUCUUGAGUAUUUGGAAUGCAAUGUGUUUCCUGUAGUUAGAACUGUUGAAUUUGGCUUUAAAUUGAUUUGUGUUAUGAAGAACACAUAUCAAUAACAUAAAAUAAAUUAGAAAGAUACAGUUAGCUAUGGAUCACUGUGCUUUAUCCACAUAACACGUAACUUUUCAAAAUUGGGUUGUUGACAAUAACAGAUUGACAAUUUUUGAGACUUAAUUUGGUUUUUACAAAGCUUUAUAUUGCUAGAAUGGAAAUUCAAAUCUGCUUGUUUCAUUUUUGUGGGAUCUGAGCUAAUCUGACUUUAUAUUGCACUAACUAACUGGUAGUUUGAAUAUUUGUUCAAUACAUGCUCACAGGUGAAUUGUGCUACUUUUAGUAUUCAAAACAGUUCGCUUCCUUCAAUAUUUUAUUUAUGUUCCUAAAAACACCUGCUAGGUUAUUUAAGAUAAUUAUUCUUCCCUGUGCAAGCUAUCUUCUAAAUUUUACAUCUGGUCAUUGGUAUCUCAUUCUCUUCACAAAGGCUUAGCAACUAUUUAAGCAGUCUAGAAAAUCACUAAGGCUGCAAUUAUAUGUGCAAUUGUUGCAGUUUAAAUCAUUUCUGACUUAUGAUGACCCUAAAGUGAACUAAGUUUUUUUAGCAAGAUUUGUUCAGAUGGAGUUUGCCUUUGCCUUCCAUUGAGGCUAACAUCAGAAUUUUGGAAAACACACCUCAACUAAGAUCAUUUUAUUACAAGAUAUUAAAACACAGUACUUUAAAAAAUCUUUAAAUUUAAUCACAUUGCCUGAAUCUGCAGAAUGCACUAAGUUGUACUCAACUACUGCCUUCUUGGCUGUAUGUGAAUUUUGCUGAAAAUACAAAUUAAAAUAAUUUUAAAUGGACUUGUUAAAUUACUGUUUCAGAAAUCACAGUGUUAAGGCCUUUUUCGAAUUCUGAAUGUUACAAAUGUGAAUAUUCUCUAAUGUAAAGACUGUUUGAACUGUUUGCAUUAGGGCCGAUACACAUUUUUGUAGGUGGAUGGAGGCCCUUCAUUGUAUUUGUGUAUGUAAAUCAACUACGCAAUCUUUAUGAACAAUUUAGUUCAGAGUGCCUUAUCAAACCUUAAAUUAGCAAUUUAUAUAUGUCCAAAAUCUUCCAGUGGAAAUUCCGAUUAUCCAUCAUUUUCCAGAACACGUGUGGAUGUCUCCUAGCUCUGUAGCUAUUGCAAGAAAAAGAGCUCCCAUGAAUGAGGGCAAAAAGGAUUUUCAUCCACAUAACUGCUAAAUAUGUGACUGAGCUUAUGAGGCUUAUUAUAUUCUUCUUCUAAUAUAACCCGUUUCAAGA